CGAUCACGACGUCUUCGGAGAGCAUACUGUUGUCGCGCAAGGUCGCGGACCCCGUCGCAUCAUUCAUCCCAUAAGGAAUCAAGGACCGGCCUCUCCGUGACACACCUCCACACCGUCCCCUCGGCCCACUCGCGCGUCCCGACACACUGGCAUAGACAUCAUGACUUUAGCGAGGGUGACACAAACUGCGUAGACAUUGCUUUGGUAGUUUGGAAGCUGCCCCUGCUUACCUUGCACCGCGUGGGCGGGACUCGUAGUUGAUCCCUGGCAGACCCUUGUGGCACGGCGCAUACUGCAUCUGGCUGCACUUCAGCCCACUCGUGAUCUUACAUCCAUCCACCUGGGAAUCCUGAAACGGAAGCAAUCCACGGGAAGCUGCAGAAAACGUGCUUCUGUGCAAAGACGCCUGCCUCGUGCCACUCCAACGGAAGACCUGCCUAUAUUACCCCGGCCAUGGCCACCGAUCCAAAUGCACACGGCUCGCCCGACGAGCAGACAGACACCCCGACCAACCAGACACACCCUCAGUCUCAGACACUGCCGCACAUGUCUGACUCGAUUCAAGAUCGCUCCCAGAGCGACGACAGGGCUUCACCGGCCUCUGCUUCCUCUACAAAGGACCAGAACGACUCGACCACCAAGCGCUCAAACGCAAAGGAUCCCUCGAGGCCUCGGAGGAAGAAGGCGCGUAGAGCCUGUUAUGCUUGCCAACGAGCGCACUUGACUUGUGGCGACGAACGGCCAUGUCUUCGCUGCAUCAAGCGUGGCUUGCAAGACCACUGCCAUGAUGGAGUCCGCAAGAAGGCCAAAUAUCUACACGACGCUCCUAAUGAAGCUCUCAUGUCGCACACCUACAACCAAAACCAGAACCAAGCUCAGAUGGGCCAGUCUACUCCUGCUACUGAACCUACCCCUGUAGCUCAGUCUUCUUCAUACUUCGCAACUCCUGUUGGUCCCCAGGCAUUUGCAAACUUCGGCCACACUCCGUCAUCGGCUCCUAUCAACUCUCCCUCGACCACCGACUCGCCCAUGAUUCAUACCAACCCCUACGCUCCACAGCAGAAUAUGGUCACCCAGCCAUUUCCUUCUGCUUCUCAACAAAUGCCUCCGCCUCAAGAUCCCGUCUCGUCCAUCGCACAUACAUCUCCUGACGCGAAGCCCAAUCAACCUUUUAAUGCUCCGUUCUUUGAUCCCGCUGACCCUUCACUCUUCAACUUCGACAUCUCAAGCCUCAACUUCGGUAAUCAUUAUGGUGCUUUGGAAUUUGGAAUGCUUGGUCACAUGUCUUCUGGCGCUGUUGAAACCCCUGACACCGAGAACAACAAUCUGAUGACUUCGAUACCCUAUGAUCCGACCAAUUCAAAUUACUCCAACACCUACCCCUACAACAGCUCGACUUUCACUGACUGGCAGCGCAAUGCCGACGGCGCCAGACAGAACAGCUCUGGUCAGAUCUUCUCCAUUACAGGCGAUAGCAGCUUUGAUGGUCAACUUAACUUCCCGAAUGCUUUCGCUAUCGGCGAAAAUGGCUCCAUCUCUGGUGCCAGUCCCAGCGCCGCCAAUAUGAUGGACUUUGGCACAGGAUACAAUUCAAGCCCUGUCGCUUCGGCACAACAUCUCCUGCAGAACCCAAACCAAGACUAUAACCGCCAUCCACAACGGCCGUCUAUUAGAAACAGCUUCUCGGCGAACGACAUUCAUCAAACACGCCCCAAUCAACAACGAAGGCGACGAGAUCCCUCUGAUAUUUACACAUCGGUCACUGCACCAUAUUCAUACACCACCGGCUUCCAUGCCUUGACUGCUUGCCUGCAGCGGUUGUACUCUCCUCAGAAGACUGCACGUAUCGCCAGAGCGCUAGCAGCCAUUAGGCCAUCCUUCAUCUCUUGUACAAAGCAGCUGAAUGUCGACGAUUUAAUCUUCAUGGAAAAGUGCUUCCAACGAACGCUCUUCGAAUAUGAUGACUUUCUCACAGCCUAUGGAACUCCCACGCUAAUAUUGCGUCGAACUGGCGAAGUGGCAGCUGUUAGUAAAGAGUUCUCAUUACUCACGGGAUGGUCGAGAGAUGUGCUGCUCGGCAAAGACGCCAACUUGAACAUCAACAUUGGCAAUGCAUCAGGCCGUCAAACGGGCACCAGCACGAGAGGGACUGCUACGCCUCGCGCACAAAGCAGCGGAGACACCGCCGGCCGACUGCAGCCAGUGCUCCUCCCGGAGCUCAUGGAAGACGAUAAUGUCAUCGACUUUUACGAAGACUUUGCAAAGCUUGCCUUCGGAGACUCGCGCGGCGUCAUGAUGAAACCGUGCAAGCUCCUCAAGUACAAGACCAAGGAAGAUCCUGGUUGGAGUGCAGACCUGCUGAGCGAACGAGAGAACAGGCACAGCAACGGUAGACCGGUCGGUCCGCUCAUCAGCGCCGAGUCUGGAAUGAACUCGUUGGGCGACCGUGACGGCAAAGUGUCCUGCAUGUUCUGUUGGGUGGUGAAGCGAGACGUGUUUGAUAUCCCGAUGAUGAUCGUCAUGAAUUUCCUUCCUAUUAUCUAAGUCCCAGGGCAUUUCUUUCGGCUGGAUGACGUUUCCCAUGGGACUGGCGCUGGGUAAACAAGACUGUAUGCGUACCUAAUCUAGCAUAGCAUAAUGAGUAGACGAUAAUCGGGGUGGCGAGGAUCGUCUGCUAAGGCAGGUGAUAUUGGCUUCUUGCAUGUCCGAACAAGUCCAGUUGAUAAACCACACGAACGGAUAUCUGUUAAUUUAUCCAUGUGCAUACUGCUGCAUAGACAGCUCACAGUAGCUCGUGCUGCUGUUCCAA